AUGGCCGAAAAUCCGCUAUCCAACAUUCUUAAAGCCACGUCUCUGGACCUAUCGCCGUACGAAGACCUAUACAAGUACUUCCACACCAAUCCAGAACUCUCUCUGCUGGAAAAAGCCACCUCCGAGAAAAUAGCAUCUCACCUAUCUCAAUGGAAUGCCUAUGAAAUUCACCAAAACAUAGGAGGCUACGGCCUGGUCGGAGUCCUGCGCAAUGGACCAGGAAAGACCAUCCUCCUCCGCGCCGAUAUGGACGCUCUCCCUGUAAAGGAAAUCACAGGACUUCCUUACGCAAGUACCAAACGCAUGGCCGAUUACUCCGGUAUGGAACAACCUGUCAUGCACGCCUGUGGUCACGAUAUGCAUAUUACAUGUCUCCUCGCCGCCGCCGAGCUUCUCGCCAAAACAACCUCUCAAUGGAGCGGUACUCUCCUAGUCCUCUUCCAACCAAAUGAAGAGCGUGGAGCAGGCGCACAAGCCAUGGUAGAUGACGGACUGUAUGAGAAACUCCCAGUACCCGACUACUGUUUCGGUCAACACGUUAUGCGCCUUCGCGCUGGACAAAUUGGGCUUAGAAACGGAACCAUCAUGGCUGCUGCGGAUAGCAUGAAAAUCACUGUAUUUGGUCGUGGUGGACAUGGCUCACUUCCUCAUAACGCUAUUGAUCCCGCGCUCCUUGCGGCGCAUAUUGUGGUUCGAUUACAAGGGAUCGUGAGUCGUGAGAUUGAUCCUACGGAUUUGGGUGUCCUCACUGUAGGAAGUUUACAUGUUGGACAAGCGGAGAAUGUUAUCUCGGAUCAAGCGGAAAUCGGAUUGGAUUUUCGUACUGUCAAACUGGAGACGAGACAGAAGAUUAUUGAGGCGAUUAAGAGGAUUAUUACGGCGGAGUGUGUUGCUAGUGGCUCUCCUAAGCCUCCUAUCUUUACUCCCACGCGUCGCUUUCCACCCACGGAUAAUGAUGACUUGGCUACAAAUCUGUUGAAGGGUGCUUUCGGGGAUCACUUUGGGGUGAAUUUUGAUCCUGAUACGCCGAGAUCGAAUGUUAGUGAGGACUUCUCGACACUGGGUCUUUGUAGAGGGAUUCCUUGUGGGUUUUGGUUUCUUGGAGGUAUUGAGCAGGGUCUCUGGGAUAGAGUCCAGGGCGGCUCUGAGGAGGAGAUUCCAUCGAACCAUUCGGCGCUUUUCGCGCCUGCUAUUCAACCUACCAUGAGGUCAGGCGUUGAUGCCCUCUGUCUUGCGGCUUUAACGUUCCUAAAGAAGGAAUAG